AUGUGGAAUCGUAGCCAUCCCAACCCAAUGGACUUGUAUGCAUGGAGAAGCCUGAAGGCCAAGCUAUGUGGCAAGCUUUUCAGUCAGGCUCUUCUUUUGAUUGACACCUCUUAUGCAGCAUAUGUUGACCUUUAUAUGGCAUCAUCAGACUGCUUUCCAGAAUAUGCACGGUUAUCGGCUGGCAAACAAGGACAUAGGCAGGUUCAAAGGACUACAUUCUCCGUUCCUUUUGUACUGAUACAAUACGGGAUUAUCAUGGGGCAGGAUGAUAUUGUGAAGUUUUUAAGUCGAAAUGGGGCAGCAAUAUUCUUAAAUGUGAUCCUGAGACUGAACACCAACUUGAAGCCAACACCAGAUUUUGCUGUCGGUAGUCGACGUAAGAUUUCAACCAACAGUUCGCCUCUCUGA